AUGCUCGGUGUGGCUUUUGGCAUCGGGGUCCUGCUGGCCCUGGUGGGCAGCGCGGCCGCCCACAGCUGCGUUGCCCCGGACAAACUGGUCUCUGAGAUGCUGCAACGUCUGGAGGACUCCGUCAACAUGGACGAGCCGCCGAACCCCAGCGUCCUGCUGGCCAUGAACCUGGCGGGGGCCACCAACAGUAGCACCCACAAGUGGCUGCUCCAGGAGAUAAAGGAGGAGGCUGUGAAGAGAGCCCAGAAAGACAUGACUUCGGGCCAGGUGGCUCUGUACUUGCUCGCCCUCCUCUCCUCCUGCCAGGACCCCAAACACGUCCAGGCCCUGGGGAAGACCGUCGACCUCCUCCACAUCCUGCAGGAGAAAACGGAGGAGGAGAUGACCAGCCUGGAGGAGACUGGCGUCCCGAAGACCACGCUGUACAGCAUGAGCCUGGACACCUUGGGCCUCUGCUUGGAGAGGGCGAGUGGCUACAAAAAGGCAUCCAUAGCACUGGCCAAGCAGGUGCUGAGCCCUGCGAACCACCUCUCCGUGGACACCCGCGCCGUGGCGGCAAUGGCGCUGGCGUGCACCUACAACCAGACGGACCUGCACGACUUACGGCAUCUGCUCUGGGACACGCUGUCGGAGGUGACCAACAGCUUCCUGGAUGAGCAGGAGAAGAGGGACGGCAUGAUGGGGAACAUCUACAGCAUGGGGCUGGCCCUGCAGGCGCUGGGCUCCACGAAAAUGUUUUACGCCCCGCGGGAGUGGGACUGCGCCCAGGCCUUCUCCGUGGUGUACGACCAUGACUACCGCCAGCCCAUGGCCAUCGCCCAGGUCCUGCCCGCCCUCGUGGGCAAAUCCUACCUGGAAGCGGCCAGCCUGAAGUGCACCACCAGCACCAGGACGUCCCUAAGAUUGCGGCCGUCCCUGUCCCAAAUGCCGAGUACACUUGAGGUUCACAAAUCUCUCAUCCAGGUGCACUACUCCAUCAUCAACACGCUGCAGGGAAAGCACUUCAGCGACACCAUCUCGGUGCAGGUCCCGGAUGGCUCCACACUGCUCAAGGUGCUGCAGGCAGCAGAGGAGGAGAAACCCGAAGUCUUUUGUUUCCAAACGGAGCAGACGUCCUGGGGCCCCAUGGUGGUCUCCAUCCACGGGUUGGCCGGCAAUUCGGACGACAGGACCUACUGGCAGUUCUUCAGCAGCACGGAUGCUCUCCAGGAAGGGGUCGGCACUUACAAGCCGCAGGACGGGGAGCACAUCCAGGCCAUCUUCAGCACCUACUGA